AAAGUCCAACUAUGCUGAAUCAUUACCGGGUUUUAGGACUCAUUCCUUCACCAAUCGAUAUGCUGAUGGGACGUGUUUGUCCUUCGGGGAAUACACAUCAUAAACCAGUCUUGAUGCUUUAAUCAGAUCUUACAUCUUUUGCUGUAACAGCAUCAUUUUCUAUGUUAUUCUAGGUGUGUGAAAACCAAGAUAACCCGUUCUGUGAGAGUGCAGAUCUCGGACCGGAGCUUUUCCAUUCCCCUAACCUGCAGUUCCUGGUUCUGAACGGCUCCACGCUGCUCUCCGUGUAUCAGAUCCGCUCAGAGUCCGGUGUUCCAGGAGGCGGGAUGACGGCCGGUUUAUCCUCCGCCCCCGCCUGCGUCCGCGUCAUCGUCCGAGACGUGGCGGGGAAACACUCCUGGGACUCUGCCGUUCUCUACGGACCCCCUCCCUGCUCCCCGAACAGCCCCACACACACAUUCAUACCACACACACAAUCCCCUCAUGGCGGCAAUCUUCAUUUACGCACUCCACUGGGAGGUCCGCCGAAAAAGAUGGGACUGAAGAAAGAAGACAGCGAAGAGGAGGGGGGGCAGGAGGAUAUCGAGGCAGCAGAGGAGGGACGGAGAGGGACGGAGGGUGAAAGGCAGGAGUUACAGGGGGAGGGGGAAGGAGAGGAGGAGAGGAAAGACACAGAGGAGGGGAUGGGAGAUGGAGGAGAAGAAGAUGAUGAUGAAGAAGAGGAGGUGGAGGGGAUAGAGCAUAGGAUGGAUGGAGAGCGGGAUCAGGGCGAGUCGGGCCUGGAGCAGUUUCCCGCGCCGCCAUUGGCUAAACGGGUGUUUCGGGAGGCGGUGCCAGCGUGGGACUCGCUGAGGGAGGGGGACGACUCGCUGGAUGAAAUGCUGCAGUACCUGGGGUACUCGAGUCCCGAGUGUCUACAGAGAGCAGGCAUGCCGCUCAACAUCCCGGCCCCUCCUCCAGCGUGUGUAUCAGAAAAGCAAGAGAACGACGUGAUCAACGCCAUCCUGAAUCAGAGCGCUGCCGAAAGAGAGUUUGUCCUCCAUAGAGGAGAGGAUCUGAACAUGAGGGCGGUGCAGCAGCCGGAGCCGGACACAGAGACGCCUCAGUCCGCCUUCUACUACUGCAGACUGCUCAUCAACAUCCUGGGCCUCAACUCCUGGGAGAAGAGGAGUAACUUUCAUUUGUUGAGGAAGAAUGAGAAGUUACUGAGAGAGCUGAAGAACCUGGACUCACGGCAAUGCCGGGAGACUCAUAAAAUAGCUGUAUUUUAUGUGGCGGAGGGCCAAGAGGACAAACACUCUAUACUGACCAACACCGCGGGCAGCCAGGCGUACGAGGACUUUGUCUCCGGACUGGGCUGGGAGGUGGACCUCACCACCCACUGUGGCUUCAUGGGAGGCCUCCAGAGGAACCGCAGCACGGGCCAGACCACGCCUUACUACGCCACCUCCACCACAGAGGUCAUCUACCACGUCUCCACCCGCAUGCCCCACGACCAGGACCACAACCUCACCAAGAAGCUAAGACACCUGGGUAAUGACGAGGUCCACAUCGUUUGGUCGGAACAUUCUAGAGACUACCGGCGAGGGAUCAUCCCUACUGAGUUCGGAGACGUGCUAAUCAUCAUCUACCCCAUGAAGAACCACAUGUACUCCAUCCACAUACUGAAAAAACCUGAGGUGCCAUUCUUCGGUCCACUGUUUGACGGUGCCGUAGUGGACAUGAACAUCUUGCCCACCAUGGUCCGGGCCACAGCCAUCAACGCCAGUCGAGCUCUCAAAUCACUGAUUCCACUCUACCAGAACUUGUAUCCUUUCUAAGCCCUACUGAGCAAAAACAAAGCUAGACGCCAAAGGUAGGUCGCACUUUUAUUUCUAUUUCAGGGCUUACGCCUCAUGGUCAGAUCUUUAAAAGUGAGUUGUUUCUAGGUUUAAACUUGGAUAUACCUGUGCCAUUGUGCUGAAGUCCUCACAGAUGUAGCGAGAGUGUCGCCUCUCACUCAGCUCGAGUGUUAAGAAUAACAAAUCAAUGUCCAGUGGGGUCGGGCUUUCAGAGUAUAAGUGCUAGUUUGAUGGAGCUGUAUUUA